UACUAAAUAAAAACAGAACACACCUAAAAGAGGAGUCACGUUACGUGAAGGACACGUGUGCCUGCGUCAUCAGCGUGGUAUUUGCUUUCCAGUUAAAAAGGCGAAGCAGGUUUAGGCACGUCAAACACACAAGUUCUCUUGAAGUUGUCACUUGACUCCACCUGAAGUCGCCUCUAACACAGCAAGCAUGGCAUCGGUGUCGCUCAGCUCCCACCUCAACAAGGCUGUACGCCAGCAGUACAUGACCCUGCCGCAGGGAGGGAAGUGCCAGGUUACCUACAUCUGGAUCGACGGCACCGGAGAGGGGCUUCGCAACAAGACCCGAACCCUGGACACUGAGCCAAAAACCAUAGAUGAUGUUCCCGAGUGGAACUUCGAUGGCUCGAGCACAUACCAGGCCGAAGGCUCCAACAGCGACAUGUACCUCGUCCCAGUCAGCAUGUUCAGGGAUCCCUUCUCCCUGGAUCCCAACAAGCUGGUCCUCUGUGAGGUCUACAAAUACAACCGUUUGCCUGCAGAAACGAACCAUCGAGCGAGCUGCACCAAAAUGAUGGAGAAGGUUAAAGAGCACUGCAUCUGGUUUGGCAUGGAGCAGGAGUACACGCUCUUAGGAAUAGAUGGACAUCCUUAUAGUUGGCCCCUAAAUGGAUACCCAGCACCCCAAGGACCCUACUACUGUGGUGUGGGGGCAGACAAAGUUUAUGGACGGGACGUUGUGGAGUCCCACUACAAGGCCUGCCUCUAUGCAGGGGUCAAAAUCUACGGCACCAAUGCUGAAGUUAUGCCAUCUCAGUGGGAGUUCCAGGUGGGACCCUGUGAGGGCAUUGAGAUGGGCGACCAUCUCUGGGUUGCACGCUUCCUGUUGCAUCGCGUGUGUGAAGACUUUGGGGUUGUUGCAACACUAGACCCCAAACCAAUGAAGGGCAACUGGAACGGUGCUGGUUGCCACACGAAUGUCAGCACCAAGAAGAUGAGAGAAGAAAAAGGACUGAAAUACAUCGAGGAGGCCAUCGAGAAGCUGGGCAAAAAUCACGCCGAGCACAUCCGAGUGUAUGACCCACAUGGCGGGAAGGACAACAUAAGGCGUCUCACAGGUCUCCAUGAGACCUCCAACAUCGACGACUUCUCUGCCGGAGUGGCCAACCGAGGCGCCAGUAUUCGCAUCCCUCGCCAGGUGGGCCAAGAGCAGAAAGGCUACUUCGAGGACCGUCGGCCUGCAGCAAACUGCGACCCGUACACCGUGACAGAGGUCAUCACACGCACCUGCCUGCUUGAUUCAGAAGAUAAAGAAGAGAGCAAGUAGAACGGUGCCUACUGUGUAGUAAUAUGUAGAAAUAUACAUCUGCCUCCGAGUUCGUCUAGCCUAUGUAAUUCAUAUUUAUUGUUGUUUCUAUAAGUUUAGGUACAUUUUCAUGUGCACAAAGACACGUCCUUAGAAAUAAUAAAUUGAUAAAAUAUUUUGUACAGCAGCAGAACUGGAAAUAACAUUUUUUUCUUUUUUGUCUGACCCUACAUGCAUAUAAAGCAUAUGCAUUAAUCUGAAUCAUUGUUUCUUAAAACCCAUGUUACAUGUGUUAGUUUGGGUGAAAUAAAGGCACAACAGUGCUGUACUUGUGACUGUCUUGUUUUUCUUGUUUGUUUGUUAGUAAAAUAUCAGAAUAAAAAGUCAAAUGUAAA